AUGUCUGAUUUUAAUAUUUCUAAAGAUCGAAACAAAAUGAAAAAAGAAGUUAGAAAAAAUGAAAAGAUUUUACAAUCUUGUACUUUUGCGAGUGAUAAUUCAGGUCCGACAGGAAAAAGUAAAAUAUCAUUAGGUUCGAGUUUUAGAAGUGUUAAACCCUCAUCGUCCAUGAGUCAAGAUGAAUUAAAUAAAGAUGAUGCUUAUGAAAAAUACGAAAUUGAAUACGGUACAUAUUUAUUGCGUAAAUUACAAAAUAGAAUUUUACAAACAAAUAAUAAAGAUAAAGAAAUUAAAUUUGAAAAAAGUUUGGUCUCGUUAAAAUUAGAAUAUGAAGAUUUAUUGAGAAAACGUGAAGAUUUGAUAAAAGAAAAGAUUUAUAUCGAAAUGUAUAUAGAAACAAUAAAAGCAUGUAAUUCGAGACUAACGGUGGGUGAAAAUGCAUUGGAAAUGUUUAAAACUAAUAAAUUGGAUACAUUACUCAAAUCAGCUACUGAAAUAUUAGAAAAAAUUUCUAAUCGAAUGCAAUUAAUAAACAUAAAUAAAACAGAAAUGGGAAAAUUUUUUAAUUCUGAAACAAUCGGUGAAAAUUCAAAAUUAAUUUUAUGCCUAAAAGACAUUGAAAAUUAUUCGAGUAAAAAUAAAGACAUUGUUGAAAAAACUGCCGGUGAAAUUUUGGAAAUAAAAGAAUUAUUAAAACAAAGCAUUUUGUUAAAAGAAAGUAAAUAUGAUGCUCUGACUAAUAUUAUGAAAGCAAUUUAUGAAAGAAAAUUAAAAGACAAUUCUUUAGAAAAUGAAAUAUUUAAAAUAGGUGAACUUAUACAAUGUGCAUCUAACCUUACAAUUUUCGAAUCCUGUGAAAAUAAUUUGAAUUUUUCCAAAGGCGAUAGUAUUUGCAAUACGCAACCCAUCGGUGCUUCAACUCCACACUGCUAA